CUCUGUUCAUUCUUCAGCUGAGUUCUUAGUGAGAAUACAAUACCAGACCAGAGCAGACAGGAUGGUUCUUACUCUGCGGUGUGUGCUUCUGUUGCUUCUCAUUUGCCCGACUGUGUUUGCAAGAUGCUCCAAAGAUCUGGAGUCUAAAAGAAAACGCGAAAUUAUCAAGAAGCUCUGCGACCUGGGUGAACUGCGGCCGGUGAGAUGUGUGACCGAGGCGGAAAAUAUGAAGGUCCCAAAUCCAAACUUUCCCAAACAGGAGGAGAGCAGGCUGCUGGUGUUGGAAAUGUCAUAUCGGAUUGUCUCUGAUCUCCUGAUGAAGAACGCGUCCACCGAGUGGAAGUCCAGUGAGCUGCAGCAGUUACGGGAUUUACUCGGAUACCAGAGACAAUUCUACACAACAUGUUUUCCGGUUGCCAGCUCUGCUCAUGCUGAGGAAGUGGAAAUCUGGAGCGCUUUUUGGAGCAGUCUGGCUAAUUUUCUAUCAGAGAAGAGUUUCAGCGCGUGCGCGUGGGAAAGCGCGCGUCCUAUCAUUCUAAAGGUCAUGCGCAAGUUCUACAGAUUUACUACAGAACCACCAAGACCCAUCAGAUUCUGAUAAUAUCUACUGUGAUGAUGUAUAUAUGUAUGUGUGUAUUUAUUUGUUUAUGUAUAUAUGGUAUAGAAUUAGUCUUAUAAUAUAAUGCAAAGCAUAAUAAUGAUCUGCGUGUGAGAAUGAAUAAAUGUGUUUUA